AGUUAGUACUACUGAAGACGAUGAUUAUCAUGGGAUGAGCACCUAAGCUGAUCCGGACCCUGUGCUGAGCACUUUCCAGCCAUUCUCCCACUCAGAGGACCGUGAGGCGGCCCCUGGCAGGUGGGCUGUUCAGGGCAGGCGGCUGGAGGGAGCUUGAUGCGCGCCCGGCGUUCACAGACCGAUGCCACCGGCUGAGAAGAGCGAGAGGCCACCGGCCCCGGCACCCGCGGAACGUGCCCUGGACCGGGGGCCGAACCUGCCAUCGCCGGCGCUGUGCUGCGCCUGCGGUCUGUGCGCGCUGCUGGCGGGCGUGAACAUGACGCUGGCGGGCGCCUUCGCCUCGUUCCUGCCCUGGCACAACGCGCCGCUCGUUGUGGGGCCGGCGCUGCUGGUGCUGGCGCUCGUUUUCUUCGCCGCCUGCUGCGUGUGUAGCCGCCGGGGUCCAGCGCCCCGCGCUCGCUCGGCGGCCGCGGCGGGCCCUGGCCAGGGUGGCGGCCGCGGCGGGCCCAUGGCGCUGGAGAUGGAGAGCAGCGAGCGCACGGCUCAGGACACCACGGCCGUGCAGCUCAGCCCUGCCUUCUCCGCCGCGUCGUCCCGCGACUCCAGCCCCGGCCACAGCCCUCUCGCCCUGGAGGCCCAGGAGCCAGCGGCCGUCUGCUCGGAAGGGGUCCAGCUCAACCUGCCCCGGGAGCGGGCCGCCCCCUAGCGGACCAGGGCCCCUCCGCGACUCCGCUGUCCCGGUUCACUCUCCGUUCAGUGCCAUUUAGUGGGGGAAGGAAAAAAAAGAGAAAAAAACCUUUCCUUCCUCUUUCUCUCUCUUCCCUCCCUCCCUCCCUCCCUCCCUCCCUCCCUUCCUUCCUUCCUUCCUUCCUUUCUCUUUCCCAUCUCCCAAACUUCUAGGGGGUAGAAUGUGAUGAUGGUGUCAGGAUCACACCCCAAAGAAGGGAGCACCUAAGUCUUGGCCCCUUAGGUGGGGUCUCUGGUCUCUACUAAACCUUACCCAUCCAGCUUGAUGAAAGUAGGCCCCUGGACCCUCAAACCCUAACACUGCCCCCUCCUCCUGGCAUUUGGGCACUGUGAACCAAGGAGCACCGACCCUGAAGGGGCUAACCACCAACAAUGCCAGCUCCCCCCCCCCCCCGGAGGUGGGAGAAAGAAGGGACGAAUGUCAGCCUGGACUGUCUCUGCCUUUGCACACACUGUGAAAGGCUUCCAGCCCCUCUCCUGCCCCUCCCCACCCUCCUUGUUUCUACCCCAACAUGACCUUUGGGAUUCAUUUGGCUGAGAAGCUGUGGCUCUGACUUGAGCCACGAUGGGCCCUAGAAGUAGGGUGGGGGUGAGCACUCCCCACCCUUUCUGUCUGACUAGGAGUGGAGGUAGCUGAGGCUGGGGCCCUGACAGAGGUGAGUGGUAAGAGGGCUUCUGCAGCCCUGAAGGUCCUAUUGUUGACCUUCACUACCAGUAAUGCCGGCCCCCACCCACCAUGACAGUGCCACACCAAGCUUUACUGCAGCACCUCACUCUCAAUAAAGCACC